AUGUCCGCCACCGCUGAAGCUGAUUUGCACGCUAGUGUACAUCCCCGUCCGGACCGGAAGCUGCUUGGGCUGGACCAAGCAUUUGAGACAGAAGGCAUUGUGCACCUCGAAGACCCCAACAAGGACCCCAAGGAAUGGGCCUCCGUCACUCUGACUCGGGAGAUUGGUGGACCACUGAACCUCGUCCAUCUGAUCUGGGGCAACAAUACGGAUCACGAAGACACGGUAUACGAGGACAUGUUGGAGUCUUCGCCUACAUACCCAGGUUAUGUCCCCGACGAGACGGUCCUUUCCGCACACAUCCAGAAACGCAUCACUGCUCCUGAUGAGACCUAUCGCCCCAUUGCCCGGAAAUUGACACAUCUGAUGCGGACCCGAGAACCCACUACACACGUGAUUUGGACACGCAACGCACCUACCGGGCCCACGGUCCGGGCAGCGCUUACAGCUUCCGGCUUGGGCAUCUGCAACUUCAUUGACAGUACCAGGGGCCUGACUGGAGUCUCCUCGGCUGACAUCGCGUCGCCCUCACUCGCCAAGUUGGAUCUCCUUCUGGAUCCUCCGGAUACGUGGGGGAUCACCAUCUGCCAUGCGCUCUUGCAGACGGACCGGCCUUGGCUCGCAAUGGUCAUCGAGCAUCAGCCCAUGGGAGCCUCAGAGCAGACCGAGCAGAUCGUCACCAUAUUCAAUCUUUCAACUGGCGGCACAGUACCAUUGACCCGGAUCUCUUCCAAGCGCGACACUGUUGGGGGGGUCUCGGAGGAAUACGUCGUGGACUGCUCCAAGCUGCAGGUCAGAGCGAGUACGUGGCCAGUCCUCGAGCAGGAGACUGAAUUGCCCCCCCUCGCAAGGCUUGUGGCUGAGGACGGCGGCAUCGGACACAGAGCCGGCCCAGAUGACGAGGUCUUGGCGUCUCACAUUCAGAACUUGUACCGGAACUACAACGGACGGUAUCUACCACACUGGCAACGCAGACCGCCAAACAGCGAGACUUUGAUCAGCGUCUCACCACUCUUGCGCGACGAAGAGGAUGCUCAGGGAGGCACUCAGGUUGGGACUUUCGAUGAGGACGCCAAUCUCCAUGUCGAGCGUCUUCGAUCCUUGAUAAGCGUACGGCCUGUCACAUGCAACGAUCGCAACCUGCUUCGGGCGAGGUCCGCGCAGAUGGGUGACGCGCAUCAUUAUAUCAGCGCUAUUCGAAGACGACGAUAG